AUGUUCCAUACAGACAAAGAUGCCGAUGUGACGUUUCAACUGGCCGAACUUGCCCUGCAGCGCGACAGUGCUGACGAGGGCGAUGUGCCUGAUGAUGGCGUGCCGCUAGGCGGCACAUCGACAUCCACGGCACGUGCGGCUCUAUAUGAGACCCACGACUCGCCACCAGCGGCCGCUAGUGCAACUCUAGCCUCCAAUACAGUGGAUCCAGCUUCUAAGGGAGAGGCUCCUGCUACACCACGCGUGCCGGACCACAUUCCCCUGGUGGCUAAUGACUCAGAUCGCGAUUCAGACAUCUCGUCUAAUGCGUCGCAGGCUGGCUCACGAGUCGGCAGUCCUGAACCGCGGCUGGACCUUGCGUCGCAGUCCAGUGAAACCGAUGCAACAACGCAUCAUACAUCUACCGCGGCAAGCACAACGAGCUCGGCCAUGCUUAGUGGGAGCGUGCCAAGCAUUUCACCCAGUCUGAACACGCCGGCGCCUGUGAUGGGCCAGCGUGUAGCCUCUUACUCUGUCAGUGCACUAGCGACAUCCCAGCCGAGGCACCGGCGUCACCACGACCCUGUUGCCAUGCUGUCUGGUGUCGGUGAGUCGCAGUACAACCAGCUAGAAGAGCUUGUGAUGCGUCCUGGUGCCCAGUACCGCAUCGUUGUGUCGUAUCGACCACCUCGUGAGCCUGUGGACAGCGAAUACACGGGUGGGCGGCUCAAACACUCGUCAUUCCGGAUCUAUUUGGAUUAUGUGCAUGCAGCAGAAAAUGCGCAUGGUGGUCGUGAGCGGCGUGAGAUCCAGUGCCAUUUGCGAACAUGUACGCCUUUCAUCUCCGUCGAGCCACGUGUCGUCGAUUUCGGCAUGGCCAGCGUUGGUGCACGAAUGACGGCCCAGGUGGCCAUCACAAACCACUCCGAGCUCGAGACCCGUAUCCUUCUGCGCUUUGUGUCCAAAGUCCUGAGCAUGUACAUGGAUGAAAUUGCUGUGCCUGCCCGGCAGACCGUUGAACUGAAGAUGGAGUUCUUCCCGCGCCGCAUUAAUGAGUCCUACCGAAAACAGAUCACCGUCAUGAAUCUGCUGAAUCGGAGUAAUGACCAGAUCCUCGAGGUUCGUGCGCGCAAUGUCGACCUGCAGCGCGUGAGUUUCCACUCGUUGUUCUACCGAAUCCUCACGACUUCCGGCUCAAACUUCCUCGAUUUUGGCGACGUAAAUAUUCAUUCGCCCAGCGUGCGCAGUUUCGGCAUCGAGAACUUGUGUGCGACACGUCUCUCGCUUGAAAUGAGUGUCGCGCAUCCCGAAGAUCUACAGCUGUAUGUGAAGGCGCCACAAUUGCACACAACACGCUCUGACCACAACCGUGUGGCUGCGCUAAAGGAGCAGUUCCUCGAGACUAUCUCCUCCGACACGCCGUCUCAUUGCUCUGUACCAACGAAACGGAUCCAACACACGCCUAAAAGCCACGCGAUUGCCCUGAAACGUGGGAGCCGCGGCCGUGCCUCCUUUCAGUGCGGCUCGUCUAUGGCUUUCCGCGAUCGUUCCCUAUUGCUUCCACUUGCCUUUCUUGACCUGGCUGCCGGAUCGCCUGGUGCUGACCCUCGUCGCCGCUCAAGCACUCGGAAACACGCGUGCAAGUCGCCGCAUGGAGCUGGACACAGUCCGCCACUGCGUAUGUCUGGCCGCAAACCGAGCGAAACAGGCCGAACCGUCGCCGGCAAUGCAUCGGGCGCAGCCGGCACAACACUGGCCGCAGAGACAACCGCUGCCAACAUGCCUACCAAAUCAGGAGUACAAGGCGUGCACGCUGUUACGUCCGCCGCUAGAGCUAAAGCUGACAUAGGUCUUGGAUCUGGCUCGAAUGAAGGCGUAGGCACGGGCCCUAGCACAUCGAUGCGUUCAGCCGGAGCUGCAGGCCACACAAGACAGCAAACACAGUCCCCGGCACUAACAGGCACAUGGUAUCGAGCAACGCGCUUUGCAGACCCACAGGAUGUCGCUGCACUUGAUCUCGAUGCGCUCAUAUCAGCCCUGGAGCACCAACCUGCUUCCUUAUCGACCUUCUUUGUGCGAAACGUCGAGGCGGAAGAGCGAUUGGUUCGUACGGAAAUCAAUCUGCAUCGUGCGCUGCAUGAUGCAAUUGCCUCCGGGCAGCUCAUACCGACUGGCUUACUGAACGUGCCUCCUCACACGGUCAUGCAAGUGGUGGCUGUGUACACGCCACAUGGCAGCACACGACCGCAUAUUCAGGGCAAUGCGCGCAAGCAGGAUUCAAGAAUCUUUUUGCGCUUGUUGGAGUUUGAUAUGCGUCGUGCAGAAGGCCUGCCGGAAUUUGAGGCGCUUCGGCAGCGCGAUGUCGACGAGCUGCCCGUGCGCGACCUGAUGGUACGCUCCAGUGUUUGCCGAAGCAUGCUCGAGCUGGGACAGCCGCACAUCAACUUUGGUCACAUGGACAAGGGGGACCAGCGUGAGCGGAAGAUUUGGAUCCAGAACAGGAGUGAAUGGGCGUUGCGCUACUGCAUUCGGAAGAGCGGUAGUAUUGCCUCGGGCGACAUUCGCUUGGGCCGAGGUCGUUAUGGCAUUGUGCCUGGCUACGGAAAGCGUGGCGUGGACUUCACAUUCUCGCCCUCGUUGUCAGGCCCCUUUUACGAGCGCCUGCUUGUCGAGAACAUUGCGGACCACGAUAAUGACCAGGCCAUUGUGCUCAAAGCGAAUGUGCGCAAAGUGGCAAACUUUGCCAUCGAUCCCACAUCGCUUGACUUCGGUACAUGCAGCUCGCAAGACUUGGUCUCAAUGCCAGAAAGCGUGUUAUUAUCAAACACGACAGCAAAACAACGCACGUUCGUCGUGCGGCUGGAUGAUCCCGUCUCACCCAUGCUCGACGUGCUUGUUGCCAUGAGUAACGACAGUGCCACACGCCGGGCGCUUUCUAGUGAAGAGGAGGAAGAAGUAGAGACACUCUUCCAGAAACUCAAAAUCGCCAGUCGCAAGGGCAACUUGGACAAACUAGCCAAGUACCGCGACCGCCUGACCCAGCUCGGUGUCUCCAUACCCACCGCGGCGACUUCGCCAUCGACUGAGGAGCCUGCUGCCAUUCCCACGACACCCAGCCAUGAUGAGUUGAAACACUAUACACUCUUGACGAGUGGAAGUGCUCAUGACAGGAGCGCACUCACGGUGACGAUUGGGGCUCAAAGUUCACACAAACUACUCGUCCGUGUGCGUGCGUCAUCAUCAGCGCUAGUCUCCUCCUCGUCAAUCGCAAAUCCCAAGGCCAAUUCGACUGAACACCAGCCGCUCGAUGCUUUGGUGUAUUUGCAAAUUCACGAAAAUAAAAACAGCGACGAAAAACGACACGUCAUUGUUCGUGCCCGUAUAGAAUCGUAG